CUAAAAACUAGUGAAACUUCAAAAUAUGAUAAGAGAACGUGCUCCGUGUGUGUUUUAUUUUCAACGAAACGUGUACUAGAUUAUUUUCUUGUAUAACUUGCACAUUGCAUUGGAAUUUCAAUAAAGUAUAUUAUCAACCAUUCAGAAGCUUCACGCAGACUCAAAAUGAGAAAAAAAGGACGCCGUAACCAAAAAAACAAUCGUGUGAAACUCGACGCGCCGUUAACUGAGGAACCAACGGCGCUGAAAAGUGCACCGCAUACGUUUGUUAUUUGUCGGGGAGAAAAAUGCUCUUCGGUUGUGGCAUUAUCCAGAGACCUCCGUAAAGUUAUGGAACCGUUCACGGCUAGCUCACUACGAGAGCGUCGUGUCAACAAGAUCAAGGACUUCGUGCAUCUUUCGGCAUUUUUUCAUGUAUCCCACAUGUGCAUGUUUUCCCUAUCACCACAGACUCUUUCACUGAAGAUUAUUCGUAUGCCAAGGGGACCGACGCUGACUUUCCGGGUUACACAAUACACUUUGGCUAAAGACGUAAUUAGCCUUUCAAAAAAACAGUUUGUUGACGAAGAAAGUUUCCAGACAGCACCGCUUGUAAUACUUAACAGUUUCAGCGGAGAAGGAAGACAUCUUAAACUGAUGGCAAUAACCUUCCAAAACAUGUUCCCCCCUAUUAACCUUUCAACCGUUAAACUGUCAUCUCUGAAGCGUUGCGUUCUUUUGUCCUAUAAUCCUGUGUCUAAGUUAAUCGACUUCCGCCACUACUCCAUCACUGUCGUGCCAGUCAAUCUAAACAAAGGAGUGAAAAAGGUAGUAACGAGAAAUAUUCCGAAUAUGUCAAAAUUCGAAGAUAUUGCUGAUUUUGUCGAAAAAGGAUACUUACUCUCGGAUUCGGAGUUCGAUGAUGAAGAAACGCAUGUCGUGUUGCCCCAAAAUUUACGCCGUGGUAACUUAAUGGAUAAUAAAUCUUCACUUAGGCUACAUGAGAUUGGUCCCCGCAUAACUAUGCGAUUAAUGAAAAUCGAAGAAGACUUAUUGACAGGCGAAGUUUUAUAUCACGAUUAUAUAGAGAAGAAUGCAGUGGAGAUAGAAGAGUUACGUAAAAAGCGGGCAGCCAAGCAGCGACUCAAAGAGCAACGAAGGAAGCGACAGGAGCGAAAUCAGAAAAAGAAGGAAGUUGAAAAGGCCGAGCACAAAGCGAAGACCUCCGGUGGGAAGCUCGCCGAUGUUGAUAGACAGUUACUUAAAGAUGCUGAAGAAGCUGUCAAGGAUGACUCCGAUGAAGAUGAUAGUAAAUACUAUCACGAAGCGAUUGGGGAAGCUCCAGAAAAGGAACUUUUCGAGGGACAGAGUGGUAACCGAAAGCGACCGUUUAUUCCAAAAGGAGCGAACUAUUCACUAAAACCGAAAAAAACACGAUUGAACAAAGAAAAAGAGCAUAAAAACGAGGAAAGGAACGAGCGUGCUCACGGUAAAACUAAGAAUGACAGUGGGAGCGGUAAUAAAGAUAAGAAGGGUAAAUUUAAAAAAGGUGGAAAAUUUGCUGGAAAAAGAUUUGGAGAUGAUUAUAAAGGAAAGGCAAACUACAGUGGAAGCAAAGGGAAGAGAAACAACAGUCAUGGUAAAUCGAAUUUCAAGAAAGGCAAGAAAAAAUGACCAACGUUAGAUGUUUAAGAAAUUUAUCUUGAACCAUUAUUGAUUAAAACUAUAUCAAUACGAAUAAAAUUGUUCACGGUUCACGA